UAAAUCACACCAAGACUUUUCCCUUGUAUAGUUAUAUUGUGAAAGACAUGGACUUAAAAGACCAACAAGAUUCAGAGACUUUUGACAUGGAAGUCAAUAAAAAUAAUGAAGAAAGAGAGCCCCAGCAAAUAGACCCAGAAAUGAACCAGCCCAAGCCAAGAAAAAAGAGUUCUCAUCAGAAUAAUGGUGAUCCUGAAGCUGGCAAAUUGAUCAAAGAAAGUCGCACAAGAAAUUUUGAAGAGGCUGACCCUGACAAUCUUUGCAAAUUAUGAGAAGAUGAUUUUUGAGAUCCUAUAACAUUAUCGUGAGGCCACCAAGUUUGUCGUAAAUGUUUUGAAAGCCAAGCUUGCAAGAGACUCCAGAGGAAACAAAGAAUCAGAUGACCUAAAUGCGGAGAUGGACUGACAGUAGAUGAUGUAAAGAACUAUAUCCAUAGCAAUGAUAUGAGGCUCUUUCACGAUGUUAAGGGUCACAUAAAAGUUGAAUGAAAUCCAAGACAUUUCUUUUGUCCAGAAGAAGGAUGUGAUAAAACUGUUGAAGGGCACAAUGCUAAAACGAAUACUCCUAAAUUUGUGACAUGAGAUAAUGGGCACUCAUUCUGCAUCCUCUGUAAUCAUCCUAAGCAUGAAGGGAAAAACUGCGAGGAAGCUAAGCCAAUUCUGAGACUUUUUGACAAUCCAAAGACAAGGAGAUGCCCUCACUGUAAGAAUUUAGUGCAAAUCCAAAAGUUGGUAGCUUACCAUAAUCCUGAAUGCCAAGUUUGUGGGAAGAAUUUCCCUAAGCAAAAAUAGAAAGCAUCGGAGCACUCUUGCAAAUGUCCUGAUAUACAUAUUCUUGGUCUUCUUAGUUCCUGGCAUGUUUGGAAGAUAUUUGUACAAAAAGACGGGGCUGAAGUAUGACCUAAAAGGUAAAGAAAAAACUGAACUGAUCGGAAAACCCAAGCCCCAAAACGAGGCUUCUAGAUGGAUUAUGGCAAUGAAAAUAGUAAUCAUCGUAGUUGUAGUCAUAGCUCUGGCUCUGGGUGGAGAAGCCAUAGUGGCCCCUUGUGCAUACGUUUGGAGAAUUGUAGCUCAUUUAGAAGAGAGAGCAGAGAGCAAGGAGUUUAAAGACUGCUUUAAGCUUUGACAUGAUGAAAUUGAGAGUGAUAGCCAAUAUACUUAAUCAUCAAAGAUAAUAUCGCUGGAGGUUCUAUCAAUCGUUAUUAUGCAUAUUAAGAUU